CUCAAAUGAAAGCAAGCUUCUUGUUAAUGGCAGAACUUGUUAGAUUCUUCUGAGUUAUCCUAACUAAAAACCCAAGUACAAUCUCUCUUCAUAAUCAUGUUUCGAUCUCUCUUUCUCUCCUCCAAAUCCAGAACCCAAUUCAAAUCCUAUUCACCGACCCUUCAUACUCCACCCAAUAUCCGUUUCAUCUCCGCUGAUCGUCUCUCUAAUCCAAAUGACGCACUUUUUCGUCAUCCCCACACCUCUCGACUUCCAAUUUCUUCAAACCCACAAUCUCCAUCCUCCAAUAGUUUCAUAAGCUCGCUGAAUUUGUCAGAUUUUAGGAAAGCAAGCCGGAAUCAAACAUGUUUGAUGAAUUCUCUGGACUUAUCUCAUAGAGUAAGAUGUUUCAGUAGCGAGCCGGCAAGAGAAACUCUCAAUUAUGAUGUGGUGGUUGUCGGUGCUGGUCCUGCUGGACUAUCAGCUGCAAUCAGGUUGAAGCAAUUAUGCCAAGAGAAGGAUGUUGAUUUGUCAGUUUGUGUCGUCGAGAAAGGCGCUGAAGUGGGUGCUCAUAUCUUGUCUGGCAAUGUUUUUGAGCCGCGGGCAUUGGAUGAACUUCUCCCCCAGUGGAAACAUGAAGAGGCACCAAUCAAAAUUCCUGUUUCUUCUGAUAAGUUUAUGUUUCUCACUAAGAAUCGUGCCAUUUCACUUCCAAGCCCUUUUGAUAAUGAGGGGAACUAUGUUAUAAGUUUAAGUCAGUUAGUGCGAUGGUUGGGAGUAAAAGCUGAAGAGCUUGGAGUUGAGAUAUAUCCUGGCUUUUCUGCUAGUGAGAUUUUAUAUGAUGCUGAUGAUAAUGUUGCUGGUAUUGCAACUAAUGAUAUGGGGAUUGCCAAAAAUGGUUCUAAAAAGGACAAUUUUCAACGUGGUGUAGAAUUAAAAGGACGCAUUACCUUUUUUGCUGAAGGAUGUCGAGGGUCAUUAUCAGAGAGAAUUAUGAGAAAAUACAAGUUGAGGGAGAAGGUUCAUGCACAACAUCAAACUUAUGCCUUAGGAAUUAAGGAGGUGUGGGAAAUUGAUGAAAGAAAGCAUAACCCGGGUCAUGUACUUCACACAAUUGGCUGGCCCUUGGACCAGAAGACUUAUGGAGGUUCCUUUUUGUACCACAUGAAUGAUAGGCAGGUUUCCAUUGGAUUUGUAGCUGCUUUAAAUUAUAAAAACCCUUUCUUGAAUCCUUUUGAGGAGUUCCAGAGGCUAAAAUGUCAUCCUGCAAUCAGAACUCUCCUUGAAGGAGGAACGGUUCUCCAAUAUGGUGCUCGUACAUUGAACGAAGGCGGGUUUCAGUCUAUUCCAUAUCCAGUAUUUCCUGGAGGAGCUAUUCUUGGAUGUUCAGCUGGAUUCUUAAAUGUUCCAAAAAUCAAAGGAACUCAUACUGCAAUGAAAUCAGGUAUGCUGGCAGCAGAAUCUGCAUUUGAUGUACUUCAAGAAAGUGGUUCAACCAUGGAAACAUAUUGGGAUAACUUGAGGAAAUCGUGGAUAUGGGAAGAGCUUCAUAGAGCCCGCAACUACCGACCAGCUUUUGAAUAUGGACUUCUUCCGGGUUUAGCUCUUAGUGCUAUAGAACACUAUAUAUUAAGAGGGAAGUCUCCUUUUACGCUCAAACAUGGAAAGGCCGAUCAUGAAGCUACAGAUGAAGCCGAGUCUCAUUCCCCAAUUCAGUACCCAAAACCAGACGGGAUUAUAUCUUUUGAUGUUCCAACUUCUCUCUAUAGGAGCAAUACAAACCAUGAUCAUGAUCAACCAGCUCAUCUUCGACUGAGAGAUCCCGAGAUUCCAGAACUAGUGAACUUGCCCAAGUAUGCUGGUCCAGAAGCACGAUAUUGUCCAGCAAGAGUUUACGAGUACAAUCCUGAUGAAACAGGUCAACUGAAGCUGCAAAUCAACGCCCAAAAUUGCUUGCAUUGCAAGGCUUGUGAUAUUAAAGACCCAAAACAAAAUAUUGAGUGGGCCGUGCCUGAAGGCGGUGGAGGACCCGGCUACACGAUGACAUAGACCGUCGUCUACCAAAUAAUUUAAAUCAAAAGUCAGAUGGAAUGAUAUGUUUUCAAAAGUAGAAAACUUUUAUCUCAAGAUCUUCAGUUGUUGUUGUUAGGUCUUCCUUCUUGUAUUCAAGACUUGAAUUUCAAUAAGAAGCAGGGUUUUCAGUAUACUUUCUGAUUUAACCCAUUUUAUAUAAACCAUUUGUUAUU